AUUCUGCUCUGAAACCUAGUCAAGCAAUGACUUUAUAUUUCAUAUUUCUCGUGCUGCUGUUCAGCUUUGCGAAUGGUCAACAAUCGGAAACUAAUCAGGAGAAAUGCAGCGCAAGGAACUACAAACCAUACCAAAGUUUUCCAGGUCAAUAUCCCUGGUUGGUUGCGCUACUUGAUCAGAGCGAUGGACUAAAAGUCUACAUAGGAGCGGGAUCUUUGAUCUCAGGAAAAUUGGUCUUAACUGCCGCUCACAUACUAGAGGAUAUUGCCGAAAAUGAUCUGGUGGUGCGCGGUGGCGAAUACAAUGUCUCAACGACGGAUGAUUGCCCACAUCAAGACAUUCAGGUCUCACGGAUAAUACGACACGAAGGAUAUAAUAAGCACAACGCAGCAAACAACAUGGCUUUGCUUGUUCUGAAAACCACAUUCGAUAAGAGUAUCAACGUUGAAAGGAUAUGCCUGCGCACAUUGGAACAUUCAAUUGAUGGAGGGCGCUGCUUCUUCAUCGGCUGGGGAAAAGAGAACUGGGACUCUGAGGACUAUCCCACUGCGAUCAAAAGAACCGAUAUCGGUAUAUUAGGCAAAGCUCAAUGCUCCGCGCAAUUAAAGCGUCAAGUGCCCAGCCAACAAAUUUGUGGCACUGGCUUGCAGGGCAGGGACUCCACUGGCGAUGGCGGUGCUCCCCUGAUUUGCAUUGUAGACAAUCAGUUCCUACAGGUUGGCAUCGUCAACUGGGGAAAGCGCGAGCCCACUAACACAAAUUUUACUCUCUUCACGGAUGUGGCCGAAUUGCGAUUCUGGAUUGAUUACCAAUUAACAUACAUAAUGAGAAUGAAAUAUUAAUGAUCCAACAUAUUUUACCUCAUUAAAUCAAUAUUCAACAAAAGAA